AUGUUUGCGCAGUUUGAACUUUACUCAGGAGGUUGGGUUCAUGCAGAGAAUCGCGUGAAGCAUCGCCGGUCCCCAGGCGGCUGCAUCCCAUGCCGAAGUCGACGGAAGAAAUGCGAUGAAUGCCGCCCAACUUGUGGUAGCUGUUCGAGCCGUAGAGUUUCAUGUAGUUGGCGCAGUCAUGGUGAGCGCCGCAACCAGAAGCUACUUGCCCGGGCUGGCGAGAGCAGUCUGAGUCCUCGGUUGGAUGGGGACUCUAAUGAUGAGACCAGCACGCCAGAAUCUCUCGGUGACGAAUUAAUCCUACGAAACGGAAGCCGCCUGUCGUCUCCGAUACACAUCAGCAACACAGGGGCCUUCAACGAAUGCUUCCAAGGCUUGCCCUCAUGCUCAAUGACGGGCCUGCUCGAGGUCCUCGACCAGGCCACGUCGAGACUAGAUCAAGGCCGAGAGUUUUCAAUGCUAGCUCAGGGUUUUGAAGCCUUGGCUAAUUCCCGCAGUAUGCUGCAUGCUUGGAUCGCGUGUUCGGCUAUCAUUAUUUCGCAGCUUCAGCCUAGCUGGCGUAUACACGCCCUGCAGCAACACAGCGACGCCCUGAAGCAGCUUCGCCUGAGUACUCGGAGUGAGGAGAGUCUUACUCAGGACUCCAAUAUUGCGACUUUACUCUUACUGCAUGUAUUUGAGAGAUUCGAAAACUCUACUACCGACUCUCUGACCUAUCUAUCGGUCACAGCACCUUUAUGCCUAGCACUUGACCAACCGCCUCAAAACACCCACCAAGCUCUGAUUCUAGAGACGUUGGUCUAUCAUGUCGCCAUCAAUAGUGUCUUUCGCCCAAGCUACCUACGCAAUUACCAUGAUCUUUCCAAGAUCAUAACCCUAUGGUCAAGAUCACCCGUUCUAGAAUCGGACGCCAACUUUCGGGGCUUCGUAAAAGCAGGACUAUCUGCAUGGCUGCCAAUUGAGCUUUUCGAUAUCUUGUUCAAAGUCUCUCAUCUUUUACAUCAUCGGCUCAGCGUGGCGCCAAAUGAUAUGCAGGCCAGACUGCGAGAGCUGAGGAGCAGACUGAACGAGUGCCAAGUCGGAUUGGGCCACAUCAAAAAGGUAGCAACGGUCGCCGAUCAGGAAGUCUCAAGUGCCAACCAUAAUGCUGAGAGUUUCCACAUUAGGAGUAUCUACUCACUGGCCAUCGAACUACUAAUCACCAAAAUCGAGAACCCAUGUCUACGUGCUGAAGACCCUUCAGUGGUAGGCCUUUGCGAAACAGCACUUCAUCACCUCGCCAGGGUACGGUCUGACUUUACAAGCCUGCUUUGGGCGAUCACUGUUCUCGGCACCGGUACGACAACGACCAAAAGUCAAGACCUCAUCGUACUCCAGAUUGAGGCGAUGAAUCACUUUGCCGGUGGCAGGGCAGUGAGAUCUGUCGUGGAGUUUCUUUCGCGUGCAUGGGGACCACGACAUCUUGAUGGUUUUGCGCCUGUUGCUGGAGUUUUGACAGAACAGAGCCCUGCAGUGGCUGAUACAGAGGAGACUUUCUCGUUGGGGCUUGAUAUCCUGUUUGAAGAGUCUCUGCUCAAAACAGUGAUUCUGUAG